ACCCGUUAGCAGCCGUAGUCAUGGCGGCGCGUUCGUCCUCCUCGCCGCUCCCUCCGCCUCAGGCGCAACAGUCGGGCCCCUGGUCCCUGCACGUUGGGCAGGGAGCCGAGGUCCACGCAGUGCGCGGCGAGGCCUCAGGUCUUGCAGGCGCUGCGCGGGACGGCGUCGCGGGCAAGAGCGGUGUGCCCUGGCGGGGUGAAGAAGGGUCGGGGGGCCGGCGAGGGCGAGGGGGCGCGGCGGCGGCUCAGGCUCCCCUCCUCAGCGCGCCCGUGGCGUCCGGGCGGCUCGAGGGCAUCUCGGUAGAGGAAGCGAUGGCGACCCGGACGCAGCUGCUGGAGGAAGAGCUGAGCAGCCUAAAGGAGGAGCUGGCCCUGUGUCAGGCCGAUAAAGAAUUUGUUUGGUCUUUGUGGAAACGUCUCCAGGUGGCAAACCCAGAUCUCACACAAGCUGUCAGUUUGGUUGUAGAAAGGGAAAAACAGAAAGCUGAAGCUAAAGACAGAAAAGUUCUUGAAAUUUUGCAAGUUAAGGAUGCCAAAAUCCAAGAACUAGAGCAGAGAGCAUCCGGAUUAAAACAGGAAAUAAAUGACCUUGUAAAACAGAAGAUUGCAGUAGAUGAAGAAAAUGCUCUCUUAAGGCUCGAAUUCAGCAAUUUGCAGAAGAAAUUUAAAGAUAAAAGUCAUGAACUUAAGGACACUAAGGAGUGUGUACAGAAUAAAGAAGAGCAAACCAGGCUGGUGAUAAAAAAUCUGGAGGAAGAAAAUGAGAAGUUAAGUGCACACUGCACUGACCUGAUAAAUGACCUGGAGAAACUGAGGAAGCAGGAAGCACAUUGGAGAAAAGAAAAAUGCAGCAUUGAUACCAAAAUAAAGGUCUUCGAAGACAAUUUAAUUGAAGCAAAGAAAGAAAUUGAAGUAUCACAGAAUAAAUACAAUGCCUUGUCAUUACAAUUGAAUAAUAAACAAACUGAACUUAUCCAGAAAGAUAUGGACAUUACCCUGGUUAGGAAGGAGCUGCAGGAGCUCCAGAUUCUAUACAAGCAGAACAGCGCACACACAGCUCAGCAAGCAGAACUCAUCCAGCAGCUUCAGGUUCUCAACAUGGACACCCAGAAAGUACUGAGAAAUCAGGAGGACGUCCACACAGCUGAAAGUAUCUCGUAUCAAAAACUUUACAAUGAGUUACAUAUUUGUUUUGAAACCACAAAAUCAAGUGAAGCUAACCUCCGGCAAAGUGUUGUUAAUCUUCAGGAUCAGCUAUUUCAAAAGGAACAGGAGAAUGCGAAAUUGAAAGAAGAACUUCAGGCAUCUCAGGGAACACCUUAUCCUUUACCUCAAGAAAUGGAAUCAGAUCACUCACAACAGGUGUCUCAACGGCCAUCUUUAUCCAGCUUAGAAACCUUAAUGGUGUCGCAGAAGUCUGAGAUUGAAUAUUUGCAAGAGAAAUUGAAAAUAGCAAAUGAAAAACUAUCAGAAAACAGAUCUAACAGCAUCAUGGCAAGUACUGAAGGAAAACAUAAGAAACCACCUGUGAAACGCUCAAGGUCUUUGUCCCCUAAGUGCUCUUUCACAGACUCAGAGUUGCUGAGGAAGCUGAGGAAAGCUGAAAGAAAGAUUGAAAACUUGGAGAAGAUGCUGCAACUAAAGAGCCAAGAAAAUGAUGAGCUAAGAGAUGCCCAUGAAAAACGCAAGGAAAGGCUACAGAUGUUACAGACCAACUACAGAGCAGUAAAAGAGCAAUUAAAACAGUGGGAAGAAGGCAGUGGCAUGACUGAUAUAAAAUUCAAGAGAGCAUAUCCCCAACAACUUUGCCAAGAAGAUUCUGAUGCUGUAUGGAAUGAGCUGGCAUAUUUCAAACGGGAGAACCAGGAGCUAUUGAUUGAAAAACUCAAUCUUCAAGAAGAAUUGGAUAAACUUAAAGUCCAUAUAUCUAUUGAUAAAGCAACAAUACAAGGGCUAAAUGCAUAUAUGGAAGAAGAAACAGAAGAACAACUUUUUAGACACAGUGAGGAUGAUGGGGUCACGAAGAGUACUCCAGAGAAGAAUGGGAAAGAAAUGUCGGAACAGACAUUACAGAAGGUAAUUGAAUUGGAAAAUCGGCUAAAGUCUUUUGAGAAAAGAUCGAGAAAAUUAAAAGAAGGAAAUAAGAAAUUAAUGAAAGAAAAUGACUUCCUAAAAUCCCUUUUAAAACAGCACCAAGAAGAUGCAGAAAUCAGAGAAAAAGAACUGGACCAUCUACUGAAAGGUAGUGGGGAUUUUGAAAAAGAGAAAACUAAACUUCAAUUGAAAAUCAGUGACCUACAGAGAGAAGUUACUCUCCUUAGGGGCCAAGUGGUAGAAGCUAAUGGGUUGAGAAAUGAAAAUGAAGAGGUGAUGAAUUCAGUGGGAAAAUUGCAGCAUCCGGCAGACAAAGCUAACGCUAAGAUGGCCACAGCAGACGUGAGAACUGGACAAUACGGUUGUAAGACCACCACUACCAAGGUUAAAUUUAAAGCGGCCAAGAAAAAGGGCUGUGUGGGUCGCCACCACCCUGUUCUCAAUCACUCCAUCAAGGUUAUGAGCAACGUGUUUGAGAACCUCAGCAAGGACGACUGGGAGGACUUGAGUGAAAGCAGUGAUUCUGAAACACAGACUUCUCAGAAUUUUGGAACAAUUAUUGUAGAAACAUCCCAGAAAAUAAGUCCUAAAGAAGAAGGAAAGGACCAGAGACAAAGUGGUCAAGUAAAAGACAACGAGUCACAAGGGAAAGAAAGAAUCCAAAUAUAUUCAAAUAUAAAUGGCAAGACACCAAAGUCUUCUUUUCAUUAUAAGAAUGUCAAAAAACCUGCUUUCCAAAAGAAGAAUAAUUUACAAAAGAGUUCACGUGCAGCAGUUCCUAAUCGAGCUAACAGAGAAAAGUGGAAAAGUUUAACUACCCAGAAAUCGUGUAGCAAUAUUAUUUUAUUACGAGAACGGAUUAUAUCUUUGCAACAACAAAAUAGUGUACUUCUGAAUGCCAAAAAAACCGCAGACUUGUCAGUAAAAGAAUAUAAAGAAAUAAACGCAAAACUCCUUCAUCAGCAGCAAAUAUCUGAUCAAAGAUUUCAGACAAGCCGGCAGACAAUAAAGAAGCUAAACUUGGACUUGGCUGACCUUCGCAAAGAAAAAGAAGAUUUACUAAAGAAAUUAGAGUCUUCAUCAGAAAUCACAAGUUUGGCAGAUGAAGUUUCCCGGGUAACAGUUCCACGGAUACAGGUUACAACAAUUGGGCCUUCAAGAAGCAUGGAUUUGGAAAUGAAGCAGCUGCAGUGUAAACUAAAGAAUGCAACUAAUGAACUCACGAAGCAGUCAUCAAAUGUGAAGUCUCUGAAAUUUGAACUCCUAGCAAAAGAGGAACACAUAAAGGAAAUACGCGAAAGAAUGUCGAGAAUGGAGCGGGAUAUAACUAUGAAAAGACAUUUGAUAGAGGACUUGAAAUUUCGACAGAAAAUACACUUGGAAAGUAAUGAGAGUAUUAACGAAAUGCUAGAAAAUCUGGAAAAGAAGGUGAAGACACUAACUGAAGAGUGUUCCAACAAGAAGGUAUCAAUUGACUCGCUGAAGCAAAGGCUCAGUGUUGCUGUAAAGGAGAAGUCACAGUAUGAGCAGAUGUAUCAGAAAACUAAAGAUGACUUAGAGAAAAAGGAUCUCAAGCUUACUCUACUAGCAUCGAAAGUGAAUGAAACGGAAUCUGCAAUGGCAGAAAUGGAAACUACAGCAGCCAAGCAGCUACAAGGAUUAGCACUGCAAAGUGAGCAGGUCCUCGAAGGGGCACAGAAGAAAGUGCUAUUAGCCAAUGAGAAAGUGGGAGAAUUCACCUUAUUUGUGAAGGCUUUGGUCCAGGAGUUACAGAAUGAUGUCCAGAAGAUUCGGCGACAAAUCAGAGAGCUUAAAAAAGUGCAGACAAACAGGACUGCUUCUAAAAUCUCAACCCGUAAAGCCCAGUCAUUGGCAGCUUCUAUCUUGAACAUUUCACGAGCAGAUCUAGAGGAAAUAUUGGAUACAGAAGAUGAAGUGGAAAUUGAAAGAGCAAAGAUAGAUGCCGAGAAUGACAAGGAGUGGCUGUUGUACAUUCAGAAACUUCUCGAAGGACAGCUCCCUUUUGCUUCAUAUCUACUAGAAGCAGUGCUGGAGAAAAUAAAUGGAAAAAAGAAGCUAAUUGAAGAGUAUUUCACAAUUAUGAAAGACAUUAGGUGA